AUGGGAAAGCCUAGAUUACGAGGAAGCUCGCCAGUCUACUUGAACCCGUCUCCUACGGAGUUAUCUCCUCCGCCGUCGCUUUUUGAGGACUGGGACCAAGAAACUGCAAUGGACACUUCACGCCCGACGAGUCUCGCCAUACCGCGAACUGGCUCGCCUUUCUCCAACCCGCCAUCACUAACAGAUAUCCUUUCCAACACAGCACCACCACCAUGGACGCUCAGUUCGUUCAUGGCAUUCCUGUCUCAAAAUCAUUGCCUGGAAACCUUGGAGUUUAUCCUAGAUUCUGACCGGUACAGGGAAGCAUAUUAUCAGAUGAUGCAGCGUCAAACGCCCAAUGGCCCGGCACAAAUAUGUUCACUGUGGCGGAAGGUUAUCGACGCUUACAUCAUGCCAUGUUCACCACGAGAAGUGAACCUCCCAUCACACGUUCGCGAUUAUCUACUUGAACUACCCUGCUGCAAGGCGAGUCCACCUGACCCAUCUGAGCUUGACGAGGCUGUCCAGAUUGUUCGAGAGCUAUUGAACGAUUCAGUCCUUGUACCCUUUCUCGAGUCGGUACUGCCACCUGUGUUGGAAACGCGCAUGGAGGAAGAAUUUCAUGACCCUAGACAAGGACGCUCGCGUCUUCGGAUACCUAGGGACGUCUCAACCAGUGAUGAAGCGAGCACAUCGCCUAGGGCAUCCUAUCUACCAAUGUUUAUCAUGGGUAACCGUAAUAGUGGUGGCGCCGGAAACCGAUCAACAACUGCCUCGAUGGAAACGGUAGAUGUCGAUAUGAUGACCGAUGACAGCAGCAGCCCGCAUUCGUCUUCUGGAGCCGAGCCAAUGACUCCGCCCACUACACCUCCUACCUCAGAUUUCACAUAUAACGCAUCACCAAGUACGCUACAGCGAGCGAUCUCCGGAAACAGCUGGAAGAAGAUGGGGGCGAAGUUGGGAUUGACUCGAAAAAGCAAAUCCACGCGCCGUCCAGCUACUGCGUGCAACAGAAGUAGCUCCAUCCCACCAAAACAGGAAGCUGCUGAAAUUGAAUGUGUAUCCUGGGAGGAUCCUCACCCCGGCGAACGGUUGCUGAUUCCGUUCGGGGUGCCUGCCGGACAACACAGUUAUCCUCAGUCUACCAGUGGAGAUGCCAAGGGGGGCGUGGCCGUGAAAGCGGGGCACGCACAUGAAGAAAAUGGAUCGUUGACGAUCGGGCAUGGUGAUCGCGGCCGUCGCCGUAGCAUCAAACCAAAACCUUUAAAGAUACCCGCCAAGGUAGUAGAAGAAUCGGAGGCGAAAACCGUUCCGUUUCUAUCGCCGCCACCUUGUAGCUUUAUUACUCCUAUAUCACCAUUACACUUAUUACCCCUCCCCGAACCUAUUCCUCAUUACGAACCCGAAACCGAUACAGAGACCGGAACACUCGUUGGUGAUGGCGACAGAUCGGCAACUACCAGCCGAACGUGCCUCAGUGACUUCUCAAACUACCUUGGCAUUUGCCAAGGGAAAGAGGAAAACGACUCAUCGGUCACUGUCGUCGACCCUGAGUCCCUCAUGCGAGCCAACUCAGUUGAUGAUACCUAUGGCUGGGAAGCAGAGCUUGACCGCAAGAUGAAGUACAGAGUCAGCACUGAGACGAUGUAUCCUUGCCAUUGCGAAUAUCGGAAACCCGAUGCCGGCAAACGAGGUCUUCUCCAACGUGUCUGGUCUGCAUCGGGAAGGAGGAUUAACUCCGGAUUUUAAACAUUUCUUGGUCUAAUCGGAAAUAAUACUGUCGUCGAAUCGCGACUAGAGUUGGAUUAAUGAAUCGAUUAACCGCGUCG